AUGAUAUCUCUAGAAGACCAUUGGGUAAGUAGGUUAAGGAUACGAUAUUUACAAAAUACCUCUACACUUAUCUAAAAUGAAUCCUGAUAAUACUUUAGGUCGAGCUAGCCAAUCUGGUGUUUAGUUUGGUCUGUCUGAGCUCCCUUUUGAUCGGAUGUAAGUCCAAAAAAGCUAGUCAAGUGCCACCCACGCCCACCACUUCGAAGGCAUCACCUUGCGCACAAUCUGUUGGAACUGCCAGCACCCAGGUCGCCUCCGCACCUUCGACUCCAGCCGUACAAGCUCCGACGGAGCCAGCGAAGCCAGAAGAUCCGGGCAAACCCCCAGAACCCACUCAGACUGAUACUGCCGCCGCCGCAAACGCCGCAGAAGAUAAACCCCCUGAGGUAAGAACAUUACAGCAGUACUAUAACAUGACUGACUGUUUCAGAUCCAAAAAACAAUCGUCUGUUCCGUGAAAAAGAAGAAAUCAAAGAAAGACGAAAAUGAAGAAGACGAAGCUGUCUAA